AUGCCACUGCCAUCGAACCAUGAUGUGUCAGACGAGUGCCGGAAUAAGGCUUCCAUACAGAAAGCUAGUCAGACAAUUUGUAUCGUUGAGUGUGGAAUGUUGUUCAUGCUAAAUUCAGGCUCUUUAUGCGACGAAACUAACUUUCUAACCACGAAGGACAGCGGGAGCGUAUCUCCAUCACUUCCAACGUGUGGAAGGUAUGAUUUGUUGAUCGACAGCUUUUCAAAUGAAUAUCCAAGUCGAGAUGGAGAAACGUCAAAUGAUCUGUUUGAUCGGGAAAACGUCAUUGACAAGAGCCGGUAUAAAAGGACAAACUUUCUGGUCAGUUGUUUGUUGCUUUGA